CUGUCCUCAUAUCAUUGUGUAGCCUACCAGGGACAGUGAAGCCAUCACGCUAAACCGUAAUGACAGGCACAAUAGAUUCCAGCCUUUCCAUAAACGAUUAUGAAACUAACAGCACCAAUGACGAAUAUGAUGAGAAUUACACAGACGAGGUCUGUAACAAGGCCGCCGUUGUCAAGUUUGGUUCCAUCGCCACCCCUGCCUUCUUCUCUGUGGUGACCAUCCUGAGUCUAGCGGGCAACAUCCUGGUCCUCGUCAUCCUGGCCAAGUACGAGAACCUCAAGUCUCUCACCAACAUCUUCAUCCUCAACUUGGCCCUAUCUGAUCUGGUUUUCACCUUCGGCCUGCCCUUCUGGGCCGCCUACCACAUCUGGGGCUGGACCUUUGGCUGGAUCCUCUGCAAGACUGUCACCUUUGUCUUCUACGCUGGCUUCUACAGCAGCGUUUUGUUCCUGGCCAUCAUGACUAUCCACCGCUACCUGGCCGUGGUGCAUCCUCUGUCCGACCAUGGUUCCCAGAGGGGCUGCUACGGGGUCACAGUCUCUCUCGUCAUCUGGGUUGUUAGUUUUGGGGCGGCCGUCCCUGCUUUGAUUUUUAGCUCUGUCCAAGAGAACCCCCAUGAAGGAGACAACCAUUUGUACUGUGAAUACUGGGAUCGGCUGUGGAAGAGAGUGGGCAGCUACCAACAGAACAUCUUCUUCUUGGCUGCUUUUGUAGUGAUGGGGUUCUGCUACGUGAGGAUAUUAGGGACAAUUUCCAAGUCAAGGUCACACAUGAGGAAUCGAACCGUGAAGCUGAUCUUCAGUAUAGUGGCAGUAUUUUUCCUCGGCUGGGCACCUUACAAUGUGGUGAUAUUUCUAAGGUUGUUGCAUGACGACUCCAUAGCACCUUUCAAUACUUGUGAGGUCAGCACGAGGCUUGACUAUGGGUUCUAUGUGUGUCGACUGAUUGCUUUCUCCCACUGCUGUCUCAACCCUGUCUUCUACGCCUUUGUUGGGAUUAAGUUCAGAAAUCACUUGAAGGUGAUUCUGCUGAAAUUUCGCCAUCGCCAAAGCACCAUGGAUUCACAACAGAUUAGAUCAGCUAACAUUUACUCGAUGGGAUCUAUGUACUAGCGCAGGGGUCUUCAACCUUUUCAUGCCUAGGAACCAGGCAAACCGGCGACGCAGGGACCCAUCAUAUGUUAGCAAAAAAAAUAUGUAACAUCUUGUCAUAUCAUCAGGUUAAU